AUCAUGUCCAGUUCGACCCUCACCUCAGCAGACAAGAAACGUCUGCGCGAUCGUCGCGCCCAACAAGCCCUGCGCAGCAAGAAGCAGCAGUACACUGCGCAGUUGGAAGACAAGGUGGCGCAUUGCGAGCGUUACCACGAUGAUAGCAGCACGCAGCAUCUGAUGCGGGUGAUUGAGGGGUUGCAAAGAGAGAAUGAGAUGUUGCGAAGGCGCCAGGAGGGGUUGAAGGCUCUUGUGGAGUCGUGGGAGGAGCUAGACCUCAACCCUCCCCCUCCACUCCGACACCCCAUCACCCCCUCCCUCCUCUUCCUCACCCUCCCUCCCACCACCAUCACCACCUGCCCCCCAUCCCCCAACCCAUUAGACCUCCUCUACGGCACAAACACCAACCCCCUCGCCCACGCAAUCUACACACACUCCCUCCGCCGACCCCUCCGCGACCCCGAACGCCUCGCCUUCGGCUGGCUCAGCUACCACUACGCAAAAUGGCUCUUCGACCCAUCCCCAUCCACAUUCUCCCACCUCCCCAUCUUCCUCCACCCCGUCCCCGAACAACUCAGCAUCCCCCACCCGGCCAGUCUCGACCUCCUCAUCUGGCCUGAAAUCCGAGUAAACCUGAUCCGGGAAUGGGGCAGCUACACAGGGCAAAAAGACGACCUCUUUGGGUUUCUGGCCUGUUGUUUGAAGGUGCGGUGGCCGUGGGGAGAGCCCGUGUUGGAGAGAGAUAAGGGGAAUGAGCUUGUCGUUAGGGAGGAGUUUUUGGAGAGGUUUAUGUGUGUGAAUGGGUGGGGGAUUACGAGAGAGUUUGUGGGUGUUUAUCCGGGGGUGGUGAGGGGGGUCGAUGUGGGGAGGGUUUUGGUGGAGGUUGGUUAG